ACUUUAAAAUCGCUAUGACGGUACAAGCGUGUUAAAUAUUUAACAUGGCAGAAAUAGAAGUUGAACCGACCAUCCUAAAGAAUUAUGAUAUACAUAAGCGAUUGGGGAAAGGAGCAUAUGGUAUUGUGUGGAAAGUCAGAAACAGAAAAUCAGGUGUUGUGUAUGCCUUGAAGAAGAUAUUUGAUGCAUUCAGAAACCAAACCGACGCUCAGAGAACAUAUCGUGAAAUCACCUUUCUGCAGGAAUUCUCCGGUCACCCAAACAUCAUCCGACUUUUAAAUGUCAUAAAGUCCGAAAAUGAUGAGGACAUUUACCUAGUCUUUGAGUACAUGGAAUCUGAUUUGCACAAAUGUAUAAAGAAGGGCAAUGUUUUGGAUGAUAUACACAAGCGAUAUAUUUUUUACCAGUUAUUGAAAGCUAUCAAGUUUAUCCAUUCUGCCAAUGUGAUACAUCGGGAUCUGAAACCUUCCAACGUACUGCUUGACUCUGCAUGCAGAGCCAAAUUGUGUGAUUUUGGUCUCAUGCGAUCGUUAACAAACGUAACUGGGACAAAUCAACCCUCAUUUGAAGAGCUCUCCGAUUCGGGAGUGCAAUCCGGUGAUCCAGAAUUAACAGAAUAUGUAGCUACACGCUGGUAUCGCGCACCUGAAAUACUCCUUGCUUCAAACCGUUACACGAAGUUCGUUGACAUGUGGAGCUUAGGUUGCAUUCUCGCAGAAAUGCUCCUAGGCAAACCCCUGUUCCCUGGAACUUCAACCAUAAAUCAGAUUGAGAAAAUUGUGUCUGCAAUGCCGAAACCGACGACACAAGAUAUACUCAAUUUACAAUCGGAUUAUGGAACACCCGUGUUGGAACAAGCAUUGCAGAAAAGUGGCGGCACUCUGGAAUCCCUCUUUCCAGCUACUGUUGCAUCUAACGCCUUUGAUAUGGUAAAAAGACUGCUCCAGCUCAAUCCACUAAAACGUUUGACAGUAGAGGAUGCACUUGAACACACCUACGUAGAAAAGUUUCACGACCCACAAGACGAACCGGUGAUGAAUCGCGUCGUGACUCCUUCUUUGUGUGAUGAUAAACAUUUAAGCGUUUCGGAUUACCGCACCAAACUGUACGAGAUCAUUUUGGAAAAGAAGGCACAGCGUAGAAUCAAGCGCCUGCUUCAGUCUGUGGACACAGUAGACGAACUCCGAAGCUGUGGUCUCUUAUCAACACCGAGCAGCGGUCUGGAAUAUUCCAGUAGAAUGUCGGACGAGGGGACGCAAACGCAUCUUCCAGAGCACCAGCAUCGGAAUCCAGAGAUUGAACAGACCUACUCAAACGAACGCCACUGCGGAAACCGCCUCGACACUCGAACCAAAACAGCCCUUCGUCCUGGCCCUCCAAACGAUCUGACGAGUAAACAGAGGCCGUAUCGGACUAAAUCUUACACAGCUUCUCCGAAAAGUGUUCAUAUCACAACGCGUAGGCCACAACAGUUGAUCACUCCUGAAGGCGAUUCUCGCGCAACAGAUCGUUUUGAUCAAAAGCCCCCCUUAAAUUCGGAUGGUUUAAAAUCGUGUCAGAGCCAAGGAAUCUGAGUAGCAGGUCAGAGGACAAUACUGUAGUGGAACGGAUGGCAAGAACCGCAGGCGUAAGGGAAAAGCCGAGAAAACCAAGGAAGAGGAAGACUAACAAGGGUAACAGGGAGGAACGUCAACAAAGAUGCUCGGGACCUACGGAACAAGUGGGAAACAGUCCAUGAGCGACGAACGAUCUUAGGCCCAGAACGAGAAGAGCAGCAACGUAGUGGUGGCUGGCCCGAUUUUCCGGAGAGAUGCGUCUUUGGCCACGCAAUAACCUAAAGGAGAUUGGCGCAACCCGGAUUACACGAUUCAAAAGCAUUAAAACGAAUGCAGGCCGGUCAGACUACGGCGAGCGGAAGCGAAGACACGAGACCACCCUCGGCUCACCAGCGAGUCGGAACGCGUUGUCCUGUCGUUCGCGCAUCUCCGAACAAAGUACAAGCGGACGAGCCACCACAAACUCAGCCGAGGAGUUACAGUAAACAGUUGAGUAACCCCGUAGUUUUGCGUACAUUGACCGGAGCUAACCCUACUCGUCAACAGACCAUAAGCCCGACGAAACCACGGCAGAUGAAAUCAGGACACACAGGUUACACCGCUUCCCAAGGCCGGAAGUCUUUGCCCCCAGUGGGCAGCUACACUCAGACCUAUGGGACAAUCUCACGAAACCAACUCACUCACUUGCAAACGCGUGAUUGGACACGAUAACACAUGCUUUACUAAAUUGCGUAUGCCUAGCCGUCAAAUCAGAUUCCUCAUCCACCAACCAUCUUACCGUGGAGGCUAACGGCACUCGCUUUUGGGUACUAGCUUUCCAAUGCUUCCUGUCGCCCACAUCGGUUUUCAAAGACAAAGUCAAUUCUCAUUCAUCUCUCCGCGCUUCACUGCACAGCAAAUUGUAUUUUCAACAUGUUGGAUUCUUUUUUCAAUUAUUUUCUGACUCACCAAUCGCUCACCCAUUUGGAUUUUAGUUUUGAAUUUGCGUGCAACUAACAUGUGACGGCGCUGAUGAUUAUGACUACAUUGUAUAAUUGUGUACAAAGAUUCAUCGACUCGAG